CCCGAGCCCCCCGAGCCCAGCCCAGCGCUGGGAAAGCCGCCGGCAUGGCCCGCUGGAUCCCCACCAAGCGGGAGAAGUACGGGGUCGCCAUCUACAACUACGAGGCCGCUCAGGACGUGGAGCUGUCGCUGCAGGUCGGGGACACCGUUCACAUCCUGGAGAUGUACGAAGGCUGGUACCGAGGAUACACCCUCAGAAAUAAAUCAAAGAAGGGCAUUUUCCCAGAAACAUACAUCCAUUUAAAAGAGGCCAUCGUGAAGGACCGGGGGCAACACGAAACAGUGAUUCCAAGUGAGUUACCCCUGGGACAGGAGCUCACCUCCACCCUGAGGGAGUGGGCAGUUAUCUGGCACAAGCUGUAUGUGAACAACAAGACAACCCAGUUCAGGCACGUGCAGCAGCUGACCUACAGCCUGAUAGAGUGGAGGUCCCAAAUCCUCUCGGGGACCCUUCCCAAGGAUGAACUGGCUGAGCUCAAGAAGAAAGUCACUGCCAAGAUUGACUAUGGCAACAGGAUCCUGGGCUUGGACCUGGUGGUGCGAGACGACAACGGGAACAUCCUGGACCCGGAUGAGACCAGCACCAUCUCCCUCUUCAAGGCCCACGAAACUGCCUCCAAAAGGAUUGAUGAGAGGAUCCAGGAGGAGAAGUCCCUGCAGCAGAGUUUGGACCUCAGGGGGCAGCCAAUCUUCAACUCCACCCACACCUACAGCCUGUAUGUGAACUUCAAGAACUUUGUCUGCAACAUUGGGGAAGAUGCCGAGCUGUUAAUGAGCCUCUACGACCCCGACCUCUCCGAAUUCAUCAGUGAGAACUACCUGGUUCGUUGGGGCAGUAAUGGGAUGCCCAAAGAAAUUGAGAAGCUAAACAACCUCCAGGCAGUCUUCACUGACUUGAGCAGCUCUGACCUGAUCAGACCCAAGAUCAGCCUGGUGUGUCAGAUCGUCAGGGUGGGGCACAUGGAGCUCAAGGAUGGCAAGAAGCACACCUGUGGGCUCAGGAGGCCCUUUGGGGUGGCAGUGAUGGACAUAACUGACAUCAUCCAUGGCAAGGUGGAUGACGAGGAGAAGCAGCAUUUUAUCCCGUUCCAGCAGAUUGCCAUGGAGACCUACAUCAGGCAGAGGCAGCUGAUCAUGUCCCCCCUGAUCACAUCCCACGUGAUCGGGGAGAACGAGCCCCUCACCUCGGUCUUCAACAAAGUCAUCGCUGCCAAGGAGGUGAAUCACAAAGGCCAAGGUCUUUGGGUCUCCCUGAAGCUACUCCCUGGGGAUCUGGCUCAGGUUCAAAAGGAUUUCUCCCACCUUGUAGACAGAUCAACUGCUGUGGCUCGGAAAAUGGGAUUCCCUGAGAUCAUCCUUCCUGGGGACGUUCGGAACGACAUCUACGUCACCCUGAUCCAGGGGGAGUUCGACAAGGGGAAGAAGAAAACCCCCAAGAAUGUGGAAGUCACCAUGUCUGUGCACGACGAGGAUGGAAACCUGCAGGAGAAAGCCAUCCAUCCCGGGGCUGGUUAUGAAGGUGUCUCCGAGUACAAAUCCGUGGUUUAUUACCAGGUCAAGCAGCCCUGCUGGUACGAGACCGUGAAGGUGGCCAUUGCCAUAGAAGAGGUCAGUCGGUGCCAUCUGAGGUUCACGUUCCGUCACCGCUCGUCCCAGGAAUCCAGGGAUAGGUCUGAGAGAGCUUUUGGCGUGGGCUUUGUGAAGCUGAUGAACGCAGACGGGACGACGCUGCAGGAUGGCAAACACAACCUGAUUGUUUACAAGGGCGAUAACAAGAAAAUGGAAGAUGCCAGAAGCUAUUUGAGUCUUCCUUGCACCAAAACGGAGAUGGAGGAGAGGGAGGCUCCUUCAGGGAAGAACCUGCACCACCUGGCCAACUUCACCCCCACGAAAGACAGCACAAAGGACAGCUUCCAGAUUGCCACUGUGAUCUGCUCCACCAAACUCACCCAGAAUGUUGACCUGCUGGGUUUGUUGAACUGGCGCUCCAACUCCCAGAACAUCGCCCACAACCUCAGGAAGCUCAUGGAGGUGGAAGGAGGGGAGAUUGUGAAGUUUUUGCCAGAUACCCUGGAUGCACUUUUCAACAUCAUGAUGGAGAUGUCAGAAAAUGAAACCUAUGACUUCCUCGUGUUUGAUGCCCUGGUAUUUAUUAUUUCUUUGAUUGGAGACAUCAAGUUCCAGCACUUCAACGCUGUCCUUGAGACUUACAUUUACAAACACUUCAGUGCAACCCUGGCAUAUGUGAAGCUCACCAAAGUGCUCAACUGUUACGUGGGGAAUGCUGAGGACUCCAGCAAGACAGAGCUGCUCUUUGCUGCCCUGAAAGCCCUCAAGUACCUGUUCAGGUUCAUCGUCCAGUCCCGGGUGUUGUACCUGAGUGUUUAUGGGAAGAGUGAAGAUGGGAAUGAAUUCAACGAUGCCAUUCGCAAACUCUUCCUGUCCUUCAACAUCCUCAUGGACCGACCUCUGGAGGAGGCUGUGAAGAUCAAGGGGGCAGCUCUGAAGUACUUGCCCAGCAUCAUAAACGAUGUCAAACUGGUGUUCGACCCCGUUGAGCUCAGUGUCCUCUUCAGCAAGUUUAUCCAGAGUAUUCCUGACAACCAGCUCGUCCGCCAGAAGCUGAACUGCCUGACCAAGAUCGUGGAGAGUGACCUCUUCAGACAGGCUGAGUGCAGAGAUGCCCUUCUGCCCCUGCUGAUCGACCAGCUGAGUGGGCAGCUGGAUGACAAUUCCCACAAGCCUGACCACGAGGCCAGUUCCCAGCUGCUCAGCAGCGUUCUGGAAGUGCUGGACAGGAAAGAUGUGGGCCCCACAGCUCUGCACAUCCAGCUGAUCAUGGAGCGCCUGCUGAGGAGGAUCAACCGCACGGUGAUCGGGAUGAGCCGCCAGUCCCCUCACAUCGGGAUUUUCGUGGCCUGCAUGACAGCCAUCCUGAGGCAGAUGGAUGAUUUCCAUUACAGCCAUUACAUCAAGACUUUCAAAACCAGGCAGGACAUUAUUGACUUCCUGAUGGAAACAUUCAUCAUGUUUAAGGACCUGAUUGGAAAAAACGUGUAUGCAGCUGACUGGAUGGUCAUGAACAUGAUGCAGAGCAGGGUUUUCCUCAGGGCAGUGAACCAGUUCACCUCUGUCCUCAACCAGGCCUUCCUGGAUCCAAAAAGUUUUGAACUCCAGCUCUGGAAUAACUAUUUCCACUUGGCAGUGGCCUUCCUGACUCACGAGUCCCUCCAGCUGGAGACCUUCUCCCAGGCCAAACGCAGCAAAAUCAUCAAGAAGUACGGGGACAUGAGGAAAGAAAUUGGCUUCAAAAUCAGGGAUAUGUGGUACAACCUGGGUCCCCACAAGAUAAAAUUCAUUCCAGCCAUGGUGGGGCCAAUCCUGGAGGUCACCCUGGUGCCAGAGCCUGAGCUCAGGAAAGCAACAAUUCCCAUCUUCUUUGACAUGAUGCAGUGUGAGUUCAACUUCAGUGGGAACAGGAACUUCCACAUGUUUGAAAACGAGCUGAUCACCAAGCUGGACCAGGAGGUGGAGGGCGGCCGAGGGGAUGAACAGUACAAGAUCCUGCUGGAGAAACUGCUCCUGGAGCACUGUAGGAAGCACAAAUACCUGGCUGCCCCCGGGGAGGUGUUUGCCCUGCUGGUCAGCAGCCUGCUGGAGAACCUACUGGACUACAGGACCAUCAUGCACGACGAGAGCAAGGAGAACCGCAUGAGCUGCACCGUCAACGUGCUGAACUUUUAUAAGGAGAAGAAGCGAGAGGACAUUUAUAUCAGGUACCUCUAUAAACUCCGGGACCUGCACACAGACUGUGAGAACUUCACAGAGGCAGCUUAUACCCUGCUGCUCCAUGCAGAGCUGCUCCAGUGGUCUGAGAAGCCCUGUGCCCCCCACCUCAUGCAGAGGGACAGCUUCUAUGUCUACUCCCAGCAGGAGCUCAAGGAAAAACUCUACCAAGAAAUCAUCUCCUUCUUCGACAGGGGCAAAAUGUGGGAAAAAGCCAUCCAGCUGAGCAAGGAGUUGGCUGACAUGUAUGAAAACAAGGUCUUUGAUUAUGAGGGGCUUGGGAAUCUCCUGAAAAAAAGAGCUACUUUUUAUGAGAAUAUCAUGAAGGCAAUGAGGCCUCAGCCAGAGUACUUUGCUGUUGGAUACUAUGGGCAGGGUUUCCCCUCUUUCCUCCGGAAUAAAAUCUUUAUCUACCGUGGCAAGGAGUACGAGCGGAGGGAGGACUUCAACCUGAAGCUGCUGACCCAGUUCCCCAGUGCUGAGAAGAUGACCAGCACUGCCCCUCCAGGGGAAGACAUCAAAGCUUCUCCUAAACAGUAUGUUCAGUGCUUUAUUGUGAAGCCUGUGAUGAACCUGCCACCUAAUUACAAAGAUAAACCUGUCCCUGAACAGAUCCUAAACUACUACAGAGCAAAUGAGGUGCAGCAAUUCACACACUCCAGACCUGUCAGGAAGGGAGAGAAAGAUCCAGACAAUGAGUUUGCUACCAUGUGGAUAGAAAGGACAACCUACACCACAGCUUAUUCAUUCCCAGGCAUCCUCAAGUGGUUUGAGGUCAAGCAGGUCACCACGGAAGAGAUCAGCCCCUUGGAGAAUGCCAUAGAAACCAUGGAGCUGACCAACGAGAAGAUCACCAACAUUGUCCAGCAGCACAUCUGGGACAGGAGCCUCCCUGUGCACCCCUUGUCCAUGCUCCUCAACGGGAUCGUGGACCCGGCCGUGAUGGGGGGAUACACCAACUAUGAAAAGGCCUUUUUCACUGAGAAGUAUCUUCAGGAACAUCCUGAAGAUCAAGAUAAAAUCGAGCUGCUGAAGCAACAAAUCGCCAUCCAGAUGCCCCUGCUGGCGGAGGGGAUCCGGAUCCACGGGGAGAAGCUGACGGAGCAGCUGAGGCCGCUGCACGAGCGGCUCACGGGCUGUUUCCGGGAGCUCAGGAGGAAGGUGGAGAAGCAGUACGGGGUCAUCACCCUGCCCCCCUCCCUGACCGAGAGGAAGCCCAGCAGGUCUGGCUCUGUGGUGCUGCCCUACAUCAUGUCCUCCACCCUCAGGAGGCUCUCGGUCACCUCCGUGGCCUCCUCCGUGGUCUCCACCUCCUCCACCUCCUCUGACAGCACCUCCUCCAGGCCAGGCUCGGAUGGAUCUAUCCUGGAGCCUCUCUUGGAGAGGAGAAUAUCAGCAUCUUCCAGAGCUGAGGAGCUGCCCGUGAAGGAUGACGGUGACAACAGGAUCAGCAAACUCAAGAGGAAGGAGUGGAGCAUUAGCAAGUCUCAGGUUAUCGUGGAGAAGGAGCCAGAAACAGAACUGACUUCCAAAAUGGGCACUUCAGGGAAAGCACAAAGGCCAAAGAGUCUCCAGCUGGGAGACAACAGACUGACUUUGCUUCAGGGCUCUUCGCUCCAGCAGUCGACUCGAAGCCCACCCCCCAUCACCCCCAAAACCCCCAGGACCCAAAGUUUUCCCUCGUUGCAGGCUGAUGGAUUGGCAACCCCACCCCCUCCUCCACCCAAAAGCAAACCCUAUGAGAACAGCAACCCCAGGAACUCUGUGGAGGUUGCUCCACCACUGCCCAGCAGAAGGGAAGCCAAACCUCCCCCUCCACCCCCAAAAACCAGGAAAUCCAGCGUCGUGUCCUCGGAGCAGGGGCUGCAGUGAGGGGGGAUCCCACCCCCAGCCUGCUGAUCCCUCCUGCCAUCCCUUGGAGUUUUCCUUGGGGAAGACCAGAAGGAACUGUUGUUGACUGUGUUCCCUAAGCCCUGCUUUCCCUGGGACACUAAUCCCCACUGGAAUUCUCGUCUGUCUCAGUGUUGUCUGCCCUGAGUUUUGCUCCCUGCUGCAAUUCCAGUGGCUCCUGUGUCCCAGGAGUUGAUUUGCACCAGGGAUUUGAAGCCAGGGGAGGCAGAGCAGUGGGAGGUGUGCCCAGCAGUAUUUUCACGUGAGUUUUGAGCUGUUGGGAGAAAAAUUUCUCCCUUGAAUUUAGAAAGACUGCAAAAACUCACGAAACAAAAAGAAAGGAUUUAUUCAGCGCUCCGGGUCCGGUCUCACCCUGAGUUUUCAGGGAGAAAAGACCCCCUUGGGUUUAAAUUUCAUGCAUUUUGUAGCUUUACAAAAUCCCACCUUUUUCAGGUAAGCUUAAGAUUUUUAAGCUUAAGAUUUUUAAGCUUAAGAUUUGCCUAAAAAGGGUUUCUUUUCUCUGAAAAGGGGCUUUCCCUUCUUUCCAGUUGGCCACUGGGCAUCCUCUUGUCAAAAAUGAUGGCUCUUCCCUUAGGCCAGAGAGAGAAGAGAAACCCCUGUGCACAAAUGGCCCUGAAAGAUUUUAAUUUUUAAGAACUUUUGCAUUUCCCUUAUCCAGCUGAAAAAAGAUCCUGAUGCUCUGGUUCAGGUUUUGGAACUUGGAUGUCUUACAACCUCACGAGACACCUAUGUAUAUAUAUAUAUUUAUAUAUAUAUAUAUAUAAGUAUUUUUAUUUCUCAUAUUUGUGAUCCCUGAUGAGCCAAGAUCUGAUCCUCAUGAUGUGGAGCAGAUCCCAGCCAUUCCUGCUGGGAAGCAGCAGCUCCUGGGCUGUCAGGUGUGGGGUGGGAGAAGUCCCUGAAGAUCCCUGGUUGCAGGCACAGACCCGAGUGUUGGGAGCAGACAUGAAAAGCCUUUUCUCUGCUUUUUUUUCCAUCACCAUUUGUGUGUGGGAUGAAGAGCAGCCCCUGCCUCACUCCAGCUCUGCUCCAGGGAGAGUUCACCAGUCCUUUGCCAGGAUUUCCCUGGUUUGAACCCUACAGAGCACUUGAGACCCUCCCUGAGUUGUGUCCCCUGUGUGGUCCCAUCCCUGUGUCUGGGACUUGGGACAAAACUUCACCUUUGUGCUUUUUAAAGGGGUGGAAAAGGUCUCUCCUGGGAAUGUGGGAGAUGAAGAGAAGCUGCACUUUUACCAGGGCUGGGCUGGUCCCAGUUGCUUUGGUACCAGGAUUAUACUGGUCCCAGUUGCUUUGGUACCAGGAUUAUACUGGUCCCAGUUGCACUGAUACC